AUGGUUGACAUUAUUCCGAAAAAUUUUUGUGAGGUUUGUGGUGUUAUUGAUGACGAAUAUGAUGAGAAUUCUCCUGGGCAACAUGAAGCAUCUCCGAAACAUGUCUGUAAUUUGAUACUAAAACAUUAUAAUAGUAACAAGUCACACUUCAGUAAAAAUAAAGAUGGUGUAUUAAUUUUUGGGCAUGCUAAGAGUCUUCCAAUGAAGGAUGCUCCUGCGAUGAAUGUUGAGAAUUGUGAUCAACACAAAAUUAGAGUAUAUGUGAAACCAAGGCAACAUGUAGAGUUUACAUUUGAUAUUGUAAAUAAUAUGAAAUCUGAAGAUUUGCUUAUAAUAGGUGUACAAUUAGCACACAUGCAGUCACAAUUUAGAAUGGACAAAAAUCCUUAUGUAUUUGGAGGAGAGCCAAAAAUCAUUAAAAAGAAAACUAAAAAAAAGGGAGAAGUGUGCGUCAAAUUUAGUGCUUCUGACUUAGGCCAAUAUGAGAUGCCUAUAAUGUUUACCCUUUACAAUCAACGGGACAAAAAGAACCUUAUUUUUAUCAGAGAAAUGGUAGUGUUAGUUCAAGAAGAAAGGGAGAUAUACACAAGUAUUAAAUACCCUUACACAAAAAACAACACGUGGGAGACAAAGCCUAAAUAUUUUAAAUCAACCUGUCACGAGCCAUAUCAAGUUGAUUUUAAAACACCCAAAUUGUUAAAGACACUGCUUCCUCGAGGUCUCGACGAGAAUGCCUUGGACCAACUUAAAGUGUCGCCCGAGGAAAUGGAACAGUUAAGGGUGCUUUUGCAUACCACAAGGAUGAUACUGGACGAAGGCUACACAGAAAGAAAUUAUAUCGCCUUCUUUCACCAUCUUCUCUGGUGGGAGGAAAUCAUUGCUAAAAUUAAUUUGAGGAAGUACAACAUGAGUGAUGUAAAAAUAGGGCGGAAAGGGGAGUUUUACCUGCUAGAGGUUCCCGGUCUUGCUGAGAAGCGGCCAUCUUUAUUACGAGGCGACCGCGUGUACCUGCUUCCACAAGCCGCGCCCGAAUAUGUCUUUGAAACCAAAAUCAAAGAUAUUGAGGAUAGUGUUGUGCUGUUAACUGGAUUGGAAAAUAGCUUCCACCAGUACUACAACCCUGAAGCUCUUUUCAAUAUUCGGUUCCUCCUGUCUCGUAUCCCGAUGGAGCGAAUGCACGCCGCCGUUCACAAUGUGUUUGCGCAACGGCAAAAGGCCAGAAUAUUUCCAGUACCAACAAAGAAGAUAAGCGCUAAGAAUAUAACGCAGUUCUACAACCCGCUGGUAGCUGAUAACGAGGAACAGAGAUCAGCUGUGGAGCACAUAGUGGCUGGUACGUCUGGUCUGGCGCCGUACAUUGUGUUUGGACCGCCUGGUACUGGCAAAACUAUGACAAUUGUCGAGGCUAUUGUACAGCUUGUGGUCCGUAACCCGCUCAAUCGUGUGAUGGUGUGUACCGACUCCAAUAUGGCCGCAGACCACAUCGCCUUGAUGCUUCUCCAAUACAACAAGCGGCUGAACAUUAACAACUUUAUCUUCCGCGCUAAUUCGCAGUCACGCGAGUGGACAGUCAUGCCGUCGGCACUGCACCCAGUCUCCAACGGCACAAACUACAAAACAUUCUACUCUGUGAGCAAUGAUCACGUCGCGAUGCAUCGUAUAUUCGUGACCACGCUGUUACACGCCGCUAAAUAUGCCUUAGCACGAUCUCAAGCUGUGCAAAAGCUUCAAAUGACGCAUCUUUUUGUUGAUGAGGCUGCGCAGGCGUCAGAACCGGCGACACUGGUUCCCAUCACGGGUCUUUUGGCUCCAACGGGAAAGCUUAUUCUUGCUGGUGACCCCCAACAAUUGGGACCAAUAUGCUUGUCCAGAUCCGCUAAAGAUAGGGGGCUAGGGCAAUCACUAUUGGAAAGACUGAAGACGACAUAUCCUAAUCUGUACGACAGAGACCCAGACUACAUCACUAUGCUUAUUAGGAACUACCGCUCUGACCCAGACAUAUUGGCUAUACCCAAUAACCUCUACUAUGAAGAUAAUUUAAAGGCGUUGGCACCACCAGAUCCGCUUAGCAAGGUCAGUAUCCUUGGUUUGCGCGGUGGUGAUAGCGCCACCAUCUUCCACGCUGUUAAUUCACGCGAGCAGAGGAUGGGAAAUGCGCCAAGCUUCUUCAAUGACCGCGAACUCGAGAUCUUGAAACUUUACAUAAGAGCACUGAUAGACAAACACGGUGUGCAGCCCAAAGACAUUGGGGUCAUAGCGCCAUACAUCAGACAGGUCUACAAAGUAAAAAACUGGCUAAGAAGUGUUCAGAUACCCGACAUUGAGGUGGGAACGGUGGAGUCGUUCCAGGGCAAAGAGAAACGCGUUAUUCUGGUGUCAACGGUACGAGCCAACUGUCGACUUCUCGAGUAUGACGCCAAGUAUGGCCUGGGAUUCUUGGUUGACGAUAAGAGAUACAAUGUGACACUAACAAGAGCCAAAGCAAAGAUUGUUAUUAUCGGUAAUCCAGCGUGCCUCACCCGCGACAAAAAGUGGCGGAUGUACAUGGACUUCUGCAAAGAAAGGAACUGCUACCACGGCCAGGAGUCGCAGCAGGUAGCUCGUUCCAGUGCCGCGUUAAUAGAAAUGGCUAGAACCCGCUUCGACCAAUGCCGGUUGUCAGAAGAGCUAAAAAACAUUAAAAGUGCAGCAAAGUAA